UUAACAGCCGCGGGUUGACGAUUAACUGGCCGCGUACACUCCGCUGGGCUGCUCUGGCGCUUAUGAGUGCAGCGGAGCUCCCUUUGCUGAGAGUUGAGGGCCGGGGGCACUCAGUGCGUCGCUUUGUCUCCGUCGCCGCUGGGAGGGUCGUAGCACUGCCUGGGUGCACUGGGUCUUCUGUAGCCCAGUUCCAAAAGGCGCUUAAAGCUGUGCAGCGAGGCGAGGGUGACGAUCAUGACUGUUCUCAUACUUGCACUUGGCAAUGAGAAAGAUGAAACAGCACAUGAUAUUCAUGAUCAACCAGGGCUUAUCUGGGCAUAUUUGGAUUGGAGUUCUUCAUUUCUGCAACUUCAGCAAGGAGUUAUCAAUGAAUUCUGCACUUUCACUUUGUAUGAGGCUUGUGUUUUUGGAAAGCUUUUUGUCACAAUAUAUGAUUGUCCUUUCUGGGAUCUGUUUGAAGGUAGAAACUGGUAUUCCUCUCGCAAUCCAAUUGCACAAGCAGACAUUAUUGUUAUUAAGUAUUCAGUCAACAACAAACCUGCCUUUCAAGAAGUGAAACACAGCUUCAUUCCAAUGAUUAAAAAGCUUAUAAAACAAUGGACUGUUCCAAUUAUUGUUGCUGCAGUGGGUGCUAGAGCAAAUGAUGACGGGCCUUCUUGUACUUGUCCCCUUUGUGCCUCUGACAAGGGAAACUGUAUUCCUUCUUCUGAGGGUCUCCAGAUUGCAAGGGAAUUAGGAGCCACUUAUCUGGAGCUGCACAGCCUCAAUGACUUCAAUGCAGGGAAAUACUUUGGAGGAGUGCUGGAGUAUUUCAUUAUGCAGUGUUCAAAACAGAAAUCUUCAGAAAGUUUAAAAAGGAAAAAAGCCUGCAAAUCCAAAGGACUGAAGCCUCCUCAGCUAGGACAGCCUGUUAAACUGCCAGUUGUGAAGACACAAAAUUCCAGUUACACUUUUGAGCUUCUUGGGCUGCUGGGAAGCCCUCAAUUUGCAGAUGUAUCUUUCUGUGCAGAGAACACUGGUGUGGAGCUGGCGCAUGCACAUCGUGUGGUCUUGUGUUCCAGCAGUUGGAUUUUAAAUGCAUUGCUCAAUGUACAAGGUGUUCCUCACGUCAAGAGCUCUUCACUGAAGGCUGCUCAGAGACUGCUGUUAGUAAAGGAGAACACUUUAGAAUCUCUUGACACCUCAGCCAACAUCAAAAAUAGACAAGUUCACAAUCCUCCGAUGCAGAUUCAUGUCUUGGACCCUCUUUUAUCCAGAUGCUUGCCUGAAACACUGCAAUUUAUUUACUCAGGUAACACCAAGUGGCACAUGUUUCAGAAUGCUGUCAGGGAAAAACUAGUAGAUGCAAAGGAUGUGAAAGACCUUUUGGAGAAAGUUUGCCUUCUCCUUGGCAUUGAGCAGCAACAAAAAACUGAACAAACAGCAAUGAUGAGAACAACUAAUGCCACUUCCUGGCUGGGAUACUUCUUCAAUUCUCCUGUGUUCCAUGACGUUGUUUUUAAGGUCCAAGGCGUCUCAAUUCCAGCUCACCGUGCUGUUUUGUCAGCUCGCUGUAAAGUCAUGGCUGCAAUGUUCAGUGGUCACUAUGCAGAAGCAAGUAGCUGCGAGGUGUCCAUAAAUGCCAUCUCCACAGACACGUUCCUGUCCUUUUUGGAGUAUCUCUACACUGACAUCUGCUGUCCAGCUAGUGUUUUGCAAGCCAUGGCUCUGCUGAUCUGUGCUGAAAUGUACCAAGUGUCAAGACUGCAGCAGAUCUGUGAAGUGUACAUCAUCACAUGUCUGCAGAGUAUGCCAAGCAGGGAGCUGGCAUCCACCAGCCUUAGCAUCAUCAACCUUCUCAAGAAGGCUCAGUUUCACAAUGCUGAACAGCUGUCUAGCUGGCUCCUUCACUUCAUCUCGAGCAACUAUCUCAUCUUCAGCCAGAAAGCAGACUUCUUAGAUCUGACUGAGGAAGACCAAGAUUUCAUCGAGAAGCACAGGUGGCCUUCAAGGGUAUACAUGCAGGACCUUGCAAAAUUUAGGCAGCAAUUCUGUGUCCAAAAAUCGUGCUGUGCUGUCAUGUGACAAGGAUGCUUCCCUGCAAAAUAAGCACAACAUGGUUUUAGUCAUGCAAAAGUAUGUCAUCUGCAAAGACUGUACUUACAAUACCAUAAAUAAGCAGCUUUGGAAUACUCCAUCUUGACAACACUUAAGGAUAGGACGUCAGCUGCCUCUGAAGUUAACACUGAAAGCUGUGCAUGCUGACCACUAUAUUUAUUAUUACAUUUUUAAAUUAACAUCUAUUUUUAUACAUUGAAAUCCAGGUCUACUUUUAAUCCCAGUCACUUUUACUUUAACACGUACCACAGUAAAAAGAAGGCAACACUCCUUUUUAGGCGAUUCAACGUAGACUUGAGUUUUAAUCCAGGGAAGUGAGCACAAAUAUAUGGAGUGUUUUGAAGAUCUAGUCAGGUCUAAUCCUGUCCAGAGCAAUCUCUAGAAAUCAAAUGCCUGGAAAUAUUGUGGGUUAGUUUAACUUAGGCCAGUGUUAAUUCCUAAAAAUGUGAAUAACUAAGGCAACGUAAGAAAUUACAGGUGCUUUUGUCAACAUCUAUACAGUAUACAGUAUUUAAAAAUCUCAGCCUUUGCACAGAACAAUACAACUCAGCCCUUUUGCGAAUUGUAAAGGUGUAAAGCAAAAGUGAUGCUGCCACCUCCCAGAACCCCCGUUAUUUAUGCCUUUGGUCCUUAAGCGGCUAAUGCACGUAGAUACUCGCCCCAGAAAGGUGUCUUAAAGUGGACUUAUGUGCAGGGUAUGGUUUGAGCCAAUCAGAGCUCUCGAAGGAACGUCUUUUCUGUCAAACUGCAAGUGAACCAGUGUUGCCAAGGCCGUGAGGUAUUAACGUUUUGCUUUUAAAUCUUUUAAUGCCAAUAGCUGCUGAAAGGAAACGGAAAUUUUAUAUAUCAACAGCUCUAGUUCUCAUGUUAUCUCGCUUUUAAUACUCAGGUGCUUUCAGGGUCCUUCAGCCUUAACAUUUUGAUUUUUAAAAACUGUUCUAUACCCACAAACACUACUAGUUUCUCUCAGAUAUCUCUCCAGUUAUUUGUUAGGUGUCAUCCUACUUUUUAGGACAAAUUACAUUAUAUGUUUUUUCUUCCCUGUUUUAUUUACCUCUUUGCCAUUUUAUAUUCCUUGUGUAUCUACCAAGAGGCCACAACAAUGACAGUUUAGAUCAGGGGACUGCAAUGUCAGUCCAGGAGGGCUGUAGUGGCUGCACGUUACCUUAAGGAUACUGUACGUCCAAUAUUGCUGUUGACGCCCUUAUUGCUCAAGCACCAUUUGUUGGCUUCAUUUUAGCUGUCUUGCUUGUGAUGAUUCCCCAACCUUAAUUGCUUAUUUUAGUCUUAAACGGCUGCUUGUAAUGGCUUCUUACUCGCAACAAGAGGCAAAUGACAAAGGAAGCAGCCGUUCUUCAUCUGACUUCUUUCCAUUUCCACCUCUGUGUUUUCAUCGUGAGCUAUCCAUCCAUUAUCCAACCCACUAUAUCCUAACUACAGGGUCAUGGGGGUGAACUAUCUGACUUAAUAAAAUGUUGGUGAGAAACUGAGAAGAAAAAAGUGAACGACUGAGAAUUACUAAUCAGAAUCGGGUUGUAAAUCACUUGGAUGAUAUCACUGGAAAGAAAAAAAAAAAAAAUCUACAAGCUGACAUGGCAGAAUGAA